GUUAACUUUAAGUCAAUGACUGUUUGUCAAUGUACGAAGAUCAAACAAACACCAGUUUCAUGAACACCAGAAAACGAGGAUAUUACGACUGCGAAAGUAUUUUAGAUGUUUAAUCAACGGAUUAAGGUAGUUGCAAAGCCUAUGGCGAUUGUCCGGACAAACCCUACAUAUUCCCGGAAUCUGCUUGGACCACGGACAUUAAUGCAAAGCGGAUGAAUCCAAGGAAAUUAAUGCAAAGCGGAUGAAGCAUAUGUACAUAUUGUGUGUGGGUGUGUUUUCGUGAAUAACUUAUAUGAUUCUAUGAAAUCAACUGCAAAUAGUAUUGGCUUUUGAUUACAAGACUUGACUUAAAACUCAUUUUACUAAUUUAAGAGCACUUCGUAUUAUGAUAAUAUGAGGAUUAACAAUAUUGUAUAAGUCCAGUUUUAACAUCAAUUAUAUCAAGCGUUUCCAAAACGUCAUUGACACGCACACAUUUUAUACCAGGCUUAAAAAGAUGUACGCUAUUGCACAAAGACAACACAGACAUGCCAAGUAUUCUCUAUGUUAUCUAUGUCUUGGAAUUCCGACCUGAUAACGAUACAAACAACAACUGGGUACAUUUUGUACGAAUAGAAAGCCAUACUUUCAAAACCCGGAGUAAUGUUUGAUAUUCCAGGAACCCUAUCUGACAAUUGAAUUUACUGGAUACGUCUUUAGAAUUGCGGAUAUUGUUUAGUGUUGUUGUGAUGUCGUACAUAUAAUAUUUGUUAUACGGAUGAAUUAGAUGAUUCUAAGAAAUCAAUGCGAAGUGCCGUUAAAUUCUUCGAUUGUUAAUACAUAUUAAGAAGAACUUAUUUUCAUUGGCAGAAUAACACUUCGUAUUCUGAUAACCUGAUUUUUAAACAUACUUUGGAAUUUUAGUAAUAAACCAGUUAUAUUCAGUUCUUUUGAAACGCCAUCCACACCCAUAGAUAUAAUACACAGCUUUAAAGCAAGUGGACAUUGUAUAACUGUCUAGAUUACAUUGACUAUUGGACAAUUAUUCAUUCUAUAACCAAAAGCAACGUAAUGUGAAACAUGGAAAAUCUCACCGAACACGGACCAACAAACACCGUAACCAUGUAUUCAUCAAGCUAUGAAUCAAAAAAUGUUACAAUGGACAAGUUAAAUAAAAUGGAGUUGACUAAGUAUAUCCCAUCCCUGGUGAGUCUUGUCAUCUUAAUGUUGAUCGGGAUAGUCGGAAACGCGUGUGUAGUCGUGGUCUACAAACUGAAGUUCAAAAGGUCAAGUGCAAGAGUGUACAUUAUAUCCCUUGCACUGGCAGAUAUGUCGGUGUGUUUGAUUGGAUUACCAUAUCAUAUCAUCGACCUUACUCAUCCUGUCAAUUAUCAUAGUGUUCUCGCUUGUAAAAGUCUUAGCUAUCUUAUUGCUGCUUGCAACUUUAGCUCUGUCUUUAUACUGUUAGUAGCAGGUCUAGAUCGUUAUUUCAAAGUGUGUCGUCCCCUUAAAAGGCAGAUUAAGGAUUUUGGUGACAGAAAAGCGUGCGUCAUUGCAAUUUGGUUGGCUGCAUUAUUGUCCGUUCCCAAUGCGGUUAUUUACGGCCACAGCACCGUUCAGUUGGAUGGAGUUGGGUACAAUAUGACCGGAAGUGAAUGUUUUAUUGACGACACGUAUACUGGUUCGUAUGUUGGAAUUGGAUAUCUUGGAUUCAAUUUACUUGUUUUCGUGAGUUCCGUUGUGUAUUUAAUUGUGAUCUACAGUCUUAUUGGUCGAACGAUUCGAAUACAUCGCCUGCUGCCAAUCACACUCAAUAAGUCGGUCCGCGUAUGUUUUUGUUGGAAACAGAAAUCGAAUGAAAAUGAUACAGUCAAGAACGCCGCUGGAAAUGAGAAAGAGGAGUGCAGUUUAGUAGGAAUAUCGCACGAUGACAAUGGCAAAGGUCAACCUGCUACUGAACCUUCUGCAAUGAGUCCAAAUUUAGAUACACCGGAAACUUCGUUAUUUGUGCGUAAAGGAAACGUUUCGAUAAAUGCGCAAGAUAAAACAAAUAAGUUACAUGUUCACAGAAACGACAACAAUAAAGAUCGUGUUGUAAGAAAUUCAUCAAACACUAUUGUUCGUCAUACAAUGGUGGGAGCUAAUGCACAUGAGAAGAAUAUACACAAAAUAACAAUGAUGAUGUUUACCAUUACUGUCGCUUUCAUCUUGACCUAUCUACCGUUUUUAACAGUCUCUAUUAUGGAUGCCAUUAACAAUGAUUUCUGGAAAGGGUUGUCACACGCGGAAAACAUUGUCUGUGAUUUAAUGUUACGGAUAUAUGUUCUUAAUAAUGUAUGUAAUCCGUUUAUCUAUAGCUUUUGGGACGCCAAAUUUCGGCGCGAACUUAAACGGUGCUUUGUGUGCUUUUCGAAAGGUCAGACGGACACUACAAUCGGUAGUACAACUUCUCAAAUAAAGCGUCAAUGACACUAUUUUAAUAGUGCCAUAAUAGUUCUCUGACGCCCAAAUUGCAUGAAAAAUAUAAUACUUAUUUGUUUUAGUAUUGCGAUUUUAUCAAAUAUACACAUUCAUUUAUUGUUUUUAUGCUAAAAUAUAGAAUGUUGUACUUUUAACAUUAUGCUGAUAAUUUGACGCAUGCCUUUAAUAAAGACGACCGGGGCCCGUAUUCACCAACCGAUUCUUAGACUUAAGAAUAAAGAAUAGACUUAGAACCAAGAAAAAUGUGUUCAGUGUUUGAAUAUAUACAGGCCUCCACUGGUGAUUAUGUCAUUAACAAAAUGUUCUACAUGAAGAAUAAUAUAGAUAGAGAUGUUUACUGCAGAGUUUGACUCAAAAUUUAAGAAAUUAUUGAAUGUUUUACUUCAAAGGAUUUUCUUUAUUCUUAGACUUGAGUCUAAGAAUUGUUUGGUGAAUACGGGCCCUGAUCUUAUUUAGCGUUUCAAUCCUGAUAAUAUUACUUACGUGCACUUUGUCUGUGUAUACAAUAUGAAAAUAUUAAAAAAGACAGUAAAGCUAAUAAACUUGGUUUUUGGUGA